AUGGCACCAACGUCCCUGCAGAGGCCGAGGAAGCCGAGGUGCCCCUCCCACCCCAUGCUCUCUCUCUCCCCUGCCCUCCUCUCCCUCCUCCUCCUAGUCCCCUUCCUCUACCUCCUCAUCCACCGUUCCGCGUGCUCCCCGCCCUUCAGCAGCCUCACGACCGCCAGGCGUUCAUCCUCGAGCGUCAGCGGCUUCGCCGGAGACCUUCGCGACAUCGAGUUCUCGUGGAACCACCUGCCGUUCAUGUCGUCGAAGCCGCCCCUCGCCAAGCUCAAGAUCGCCGUGUUCUCGCGGAAGUGGCCCGUGGCCACGGCCCCCGGCGGCAUGGAGCGGCACGCGCACACGCUGCACACGGCGCUCGCCGCGCGGGGCCACCGCGUCCACGUGUUCACCUCGCCUCCACCGCAUACCGAGGCCGCGCCCUCGCCCUCCGCCGAUGGUCCUCAGCUGCAUUUCCUUGACGGCACCCCCGGCCAGUGGCGGUGCGACGAGGCGUGGAAGCUGUACGAGGCUGAGGGCGACAACGAUCCAUUCGACGUCAUCCACUCCGAGAGCGUGGCGGUGUUCCACCGGUACGCGCGCGGCGUGCCCAACCUGGUGGUGUCGUGGCACGGAAUCUCCCUGGAGGCGCUGCACUCGGGCAUCUACCAGGACCUCGCCCGCGGCGAGGACGAGCCCAUGUCGCCGGCGUUCAACCAGAGCCUGUCGCAGUCGGUGCACCGGGUGCUGUCCGAGGUGCGCUUCUUCCGGAGCUACGCGCACCAGGUGGCCAUCAGCGACUCCACCGGGGAGAUGCUCCGCGACGUGUACCAGAUCCCCGGCCGCCGCGUGCACGUAAUCCUGAACGGUGUGGACGAGGCGCAGUUCACUCCGGACACGGAGCUCGGCCGCGCCUUCCGGGAAGAGAUCGGGCUCCCCAAGAGCGCCGACCUCGUGCUCGGCGUCUCCGGGAGGCUCGUCAAGGACAAGGGCCACCCGCUGCUCUACGAGGCCUUCUCCAAGCUCGCCCUCCGCCACCCGAACGUGUACCUCCUCGUCGCCGGCAAGGGGCCGUGGGAGUCGAGGUACAUGGACCUGGGACGCAACGCCAAGGUGCUUGGCGCGGUGCCGCCUGGGAAGCUCAGGGCGUUCUACAACGCGCUGGACGUGUUCGUGGACCCGACGCUGCGGCCGCAGGGCCUGGACCUGACGCUCAUGGAGGCGAUGCAAUGCGGCAAGCCGGUGGUGGCCACGCGGUUCCCGAGCAUCAAGGGAAGCAUCGUGGUGGACGAGGAGUUCGGCCACAUGUUCGCGCCCAACGUGGAGUCGCUGCUCGAGAGUCUGGAGGCGGUGGUGCAGGAUGGCGCCCGGCGCGCCGCGGAGCGCGGCCGGGCGUGCAGGGAGUACGCCAGGUCCAUGUUCGCGGCCACCAAGAUGGCACUAGCGUACGAGAGGCUCUUCCUUUGUGUCAAGAACGAGACCUUCUGUGCGUACCCUUCUGAGUUUGAUUAG